UGUUUGUAGGACACCAAAUUACAGAUUUUUUCUCUCUCUCUCUCUUUUAAUCAGGUUACGAAUGGCAAACACAAAUGGCCCAUCGCUGAUGCGUCUGGGUAUCAUAAUGACGUUGGCAGGAGUCAUCUCUCUUGGCGUUAUGUUUUUCUGGUUCUCACCUUCAAAAAAUUGUCCACCUCCAGUUUUUAGACCAGAUCAAAAAUCACAAAUCAACUCUGCCAAGAGCAACAACUCUGUGACUGAAAAAGCAGAGGAGAAACCUAUAGUUCUGUUAUGGGUUUGGCCUGAAAAUUAUAGGUUUGAGUUCAGUGACUGCAAAAAGUUUUACAAUAUUGAUAAUUGUCAUCUGACGGAUGAUAGAGCUCUCUACAACGAUGCAGAUGAUGUCAUCAUUUUUCAUAAAGCCAUCAGCUGGGAUCUGUCCAACCUUCCUCCAUCUCCUCGUCCUCCGUUCCAGAGGUGGAUUUGGUUGCAUGUGGAAUCACCAACCAACACCAAAAAGAUACCAGGUCUGGAAAACCUGUUCAAUCUCACUCUCAGCUACAGACAGGAUGCUGAUAUUACUGUACGGAUGCGCUUGAUGACCAGGAAGAAACCUAAUGAGGAUUUUGUGAUUCCCAAAAAGGACAAACUGGUGUGUUGGAUUGUGAGUAACAAUAAUCCCUCAACUGGUGUCGACACAAGAAACGUUUUUUAUAGAGAAUUCAGCAAAUACAUACAAGUGACUUUGUUCGGAAAGGCCUAUGCAAGGUUCCUGGAUUAUAAUGAUUACUAUCCAACCAUGGCCAGCUGUAAAUUUUACCUUUCCUUUGAAAACUCUGUCCACAAAGACUACAUCACUGAGAAGAUCAACGGGCCGCUCGCGGCGGGGACCGUCCCUGUGGUGUUGGGUCCUCCGAGAAGAAACUAUGAAAACUUUGUUCCCGCCGAGUCCUUCAUUCAUGUCAAUGACUUCCCAGACGCAAAGUCACUAGCCGAAUAUCUGCUUCAUCUGGACAAGGAUGAAGAUGCAUAUCGCAAGUACUUUAACUGGAGAAAACAUCUCACUCCAAGUCCUCAUUUAAUACAACAGACACAAGAGUUUAUUCUUCCUAUCUGCACUGCCUGUGACCAUGUAGCACGAUAUAGGCAUUAUAAAGAAGCUCAUGAUCUCUAUGAUUGGUACUUCAGUUAAUGUUACCUCAGGUUUUCUUACAUUAUCAGUUACUGACUACAAUGUUUAUGAAAUAGAUUGUAUAUUAUCUGUUAUAUUAUGAUCUGUUACUUUUGAUAUGAGAUUUUUAUUGGAAGUAUUUUAAUAAAUCAUUGCUUAUGGAUG